AUGGGUGCGGUGGUUGUGGACGACAAUCCAAGUAAGGUGAAGGCCCCCGAUGGUGGCUGGGGCUGGGCUGUGCUCUUCGGAUGUUUUGUCAUCACCGGGUUCUCCUACGCCUUCCCCAAGGCAGUCAGUGUGUUUUUUAAGGAACUUAUCAGAGAAUUUGGGAUCGGAUACAGUGACACAGCGUGGAUUUCUUCCAUCUUACUUGCUAUGUUAUAUGGAACAGGUCCCCUGUGCAGCAUCUGUGUAAACCGCUUUGGGUGCCGGCCGGUCAUGAUGGUUGGCGGUCUGUUUGCCUCACUCGGGAUGGUGUGUGCAUCAUUCUGUAAGAGUAUCCUCACCAUAUACCUCACUGCUGGAGUCAUCACAGGUUUGGGCCUGGCUUUGAAUUUCCAGCCUUCACUGAUCAUGUUAAACAGAUACUUUGACAAACGUCGUCCAUUGGCCAAUGGUCUUGCUGCAGCUGGAAGCCCCGUCUUUCUUUGUUGCUUGUCUCCAUUGGGGCAGAUCCUCCAGUAUGAGUUUGGCUGGCGUGGUGGCUUUCUUAUCCUCGGGGGUCUUCUUCUGAACUGCUGUGUAUGCGGUGCGCUAAUGAGACCUCUGGAACCACCAAAGAAAGAGAAGGAGAAAGAGGAAGAGGAGAGCAAAGAAGUCAAAAACACACCACCAAAAAAGCUUUUGGACUUCACGGUGUUCAAAGACCGGGGCUUUGUUAUCUACACACUUGCUGCCUCCAUUAUGGUUUUGGGGCUUUUUGUGCCACCUGUUUUUGUGGUCAGCUAUGCAAAAGACCUUGGCGUGCAAGACACAAAGGCAGCGUUCCUCCUCACCAUCCUUGGAUUUAUUGAUAUAUUUGCUAGACCUACCUGUGGGUGUUAUUGCGGGUCUAAAAUGGGUGCGACCACGUUGUGUCUAUCUCUUUGGCUUUGCGAUGAUCUUUAAUGGUUUUACUGAUUUGAUGGGCUCUAUGUCUGAUAACUACGGGGGCUUGGUGGUCUUCUGCAUCUUCUUUGGAAUCUCCUAUGGGAUGGUUGGUGCUCUGCAGUUUGAAGUCCUCAUGGCCAUUGUCGGCACGCAAAAGUUCUCCAGCGCUAUUGGCUUGGUGCUCCUAGCAGAGGCUGUAGCAGUUCUCAUUGGACCUCCCUCAGCAGGAAAGAUUUUGGAUGCCACCCACAGAUACAUGUUUGUGUUCAUCAUCGCCGGUGUCGAAGUGGUCACAUCAGCCUUAGUCCUGACUAUCGGCAAUUUCUUCUGCAUCAAGAAAAAACCUGAAGACCCACAUUGCAAAGAAGAGGUUGCAGAAAUUGGAGAACUCAAUAAACCUGAAGACAAGGCACCCGAGGGUGACGACGAGAAGCCGCAGCUGGCCGAAGCAGAACAGUUUUUGAAAGAAGAUGAUAAACAGAACGGCGAAGUGGUGACAAAUCCCGAGACGUGUGUGUGA